GCCGGAAGUAGAGGCUAAAUGGGCUCCGGCAUGGCAGCAGUUCCCCCAGACUCAUGGCAGCCCCCCAACGUUUUCCUGGAAACCAGCAUGGGGACCGUAGUGUUGGAGCUGUAUUGGAAACAUGCCCCCAAGACCUGUAAGAACUUUGCAGAGUUAGCUCGACGUGGUUACUACAAUGGCACCAAGUUUCAUCGGAUCAUCAAAGACUUCAUGGUCCAAGGCGGUGAUCCAACAGGAACAGGCAGAGGUGGCGCGUCUAUCUAUGGCAAACAGUUUGAAGAUGAACUUCAUCCAGAAUUGAAAUUCACAGGGGCUGGAAUUCUUGCAAUGGCCAAUGCAGGGCCAGACACCAAUGGCAGCCAAUUCUUUGUGACCUUGGCCCCAACCCAGUGGCUUGAUGGGAAGCACACCAUUUUUGGCCGUGUGUGUCAGGGCAUAGGGAUGGUGAAUCGAGUGGGUAUGGUAGAGACAAAUGCCCAGGAUCGUCCUGUUGAUGAUGUGAAGAUUAUCAAGGCUUACCCAUCUGGAUAAAAUUGGAGUCUAGGCAGAUACAUCCAUGGCCAGUCCCAGCAAGUUCAUUGGAGAGUUCUUAGCUGGCCAGUUCCUAGGUGACCUGUGGACUUCAGGGCAAAAUGACCUCUGCAUUUGCAUCUAUUGCUCGAGUCAUCCUUGGAUUUAUGGUUUCAGUUUUGUUCUGCAGAUUAAGCUCAGUGUCUCAGAUGCACUACAGAUGAAAGUGCAUUUUAAUUAAAAGAUACUUUUUCCUUCUCCUCAGGA